CAGCUGCAGAGUCAGAGGAGACGAGAUGAGUGCUUCUCAGAGUGAAAUACCCCUGGAGGGCAGACUGGGGGCGCUGCAGUGCCACUUCACCUGGGAUCUGGAGCCCGGCAGGAACAAACUUUUGAGAAUCAAGGACAUGAUGCAGGACAUCGGCACAGAGGUCGGAUGCAAGUGGCUGGGACACAUUUACAACCUGCAGGGGUACGUCCACUUCCAGCUGGGCUCCAUUGAAAAGGCCAGGAGUUUCUUCAGCAGAGCCGAGGAGGCCUUCAGGCAGAUGAGAGGAGCAGAGGAGGGUCCCUGGCUGGUGGUGACCUACGGGAACCAGGCCUGGCUGCACCAUCACCAGGGAGAACUAGCAGAGAGUCGGGCUUGUCCGUCAAAGAUCGACAGCCUGAUGACUGAAGAUCCAUCGCAGGACGAGCUGCACCCGGAGAUCUGCGCUGAAAAAGCCUGGACUCUGAUGAAGUUCAGUGGAGAACAGAUGCUUCUGGCAGCUGAUUACUUCCAGAGAGCCAUCCGGAUGCAGGCGGAUGUGGUGGAGUGGCAGACCAGCCACGUGUUAUUGUUAGAUAACAUGUACAAACACAGCGGAACAGGGGUCGAGGAAGACAUCAUGGAGAAGUUGAGAAAAGCCAAGGAGCAGGAUCCAGAGAACCUGUACCUCGCUGCUGUUUACCUCCUGCAACUCGCUGAGAGAGGACAAAUAGACCAAAGUGGAGCACGAGAGUUAGCCACCAAGGUUCUGAGAAACCCUGUCAGCAGCUACAGUGGAAUCAAACCUUUGCUGUGGUUUUACAGAACCUUCACCUCCAUAGACGAGGCUGUGGCUUUGGCAGAAGAGGCUCUGAAUCUACAUCCUGAUGAACGUUAUCUGAAAAGAUGUGCUGCACUCUGCUACAAGUGGAAGAUCUGGGAGAAGGACAGUCGCUCAAGUCUGAGCCUGAUAGAGAAAGGGAUCCAUGCCCAUGAGGAGUUGAUUUCUCUUUAUCCUGAUUCCUCAUUUACGAAGAGAAUAGACCUCGCAAACAUUUAUGCAAAGUCAGAGAAGACCAAGGCCAAAGCUGACAAGAUCUACAAGGAGCUGCUCGCAGAGGAUCUGGAACCUGCUGAACAACAAGUCUUCUUCAACAUCUACGCAAAACAUCUGUACUUCAAUCAACAGCAGUCUAACAUGGCAAUCAAGUAUCACAUGAAAGCGGUGGAGAUACCAAUCAAGUCCUACCAUCAGGAGAACAGCAUCCAGGUUCUGGAGAAGAUCAGAUACAACCAAGCAGUCGACAGGUUUCUGUCCAGGCUGAAAGAGUCUCAGAAAUAAAUCCACCAGAUAUCAUCCACACACAAUCUGAAUCUAUUUGCAUUCAUCUAAUUCAGGGCAAAGUAAAUCCACGUAGAUUUAUAGAUUCAGCUGUUGUGAACACUGAUGAUCACAUUUUAAUUCAGCUUGUAUCCGUACGGAGUCACAACACAGUGACUGACAGGGAGAAGUCGUGGAGUUGGUUUUUCAACGUGAGGAAACGUUUGAGUUUAACGACAUGUAGCUUGAGAAUGUUCUGGUGGCGGUGAAUAUAUAUGUAUUAAAAAGUCUUCAAUAUAAUUUCUAUAUCUGUAGAAUACCUGUUCAAUUGUUUUCAGAGUGGUUGCAAUAUUGAUGUUAAUAAUAGUGAUGCAUAUGUAACAGCAGGUUUCAGGUCUGAGAGAUUCAUACAUUAUUAUUAGAGGAAGACAACAUUGAAACAUAUUCUUCAAAAUCAUAUUAAGUGGAAACUGGCUGCAGUCAUCAUGUGUUGCUGAUGUGGAGCAAACGUUUGCUCGCUCCUUUAAGAAACAGCUUGUUUGUAAAGUUUAUUAAACAGAACACACUCUGUAUUAAACUUACUAAUAAAUGUUGAAAAUUGAAA